AGCUGCCUUUCAGUGCCACCUAUCAGUGCCAGUCAGUGCCGCCUAUUUGUGCACAUCAGUGCCACCUAUCAUUGCGCAUCAGUGCCGCCUAUCAGUGCCCUGCCAGUCAGUGCUGCCUAUCAGUGCCACAUAUUAGUGCUGCCAAUCAGUGCCUUAUAUAAGUGCUGCCUUUCAGUGCCCAUCAGUAAUGCCCAUCAGUGCCACCUACCAUUGCCUAAUCAGUGCCACCUAUCAGUGCCCAUCAGUUAAGCCUCAUUAGCGCACAUCAGUGAAGGAGAAAAAUCACUUAUUUACAAAAUUGUAUA